AUGUUCGCAGGCCUGGGGGCGGGGGGCAUGGCGGGCCCCCUGCGGGGCCGGGUGGAGGAGCUGAAGCGGCCCUGGUGGCGGGAGAGCUCACCCCUGGUGCUGCAGCACAGCGAGGCGGCCCGGCUAGCGGCCGAUGCCCUCCUGGAGCGGGGCGAGGCUGCCUACCUGCGGGUCAUCUCCGAGGAGCGCGAGCUGCCCUUCCUCAGUGCCCUGGACGUGGAGUACAUGAGCAGCCAUGGACGGGGCGGCCCGGAGGUCAGCGAUGGCCAGGGGCCAGAGGCCUCGGGCCCUGACCGGCUCAGCCUGCUCUCCGAAGUCACCUCAGGCACUUACUUCCCCAUGGUCUCCGACGUAGACCCCCCGGACCUGGACCUGGGCUGGCCCGAGGUCCCGCAGGCCACAGGCUUCAGCCCCACCCAGGCUGUGGUCCACUUCCAGCGGGAUAAAGCCAAGAACAUCAAGGACCUUCUGCGCUUCCUCUUCAGCCAGGCCCGCACGGUGGUGGCCGUGGUGAUGGAUGUGUUCACCGACAUGGACCUGCUGUGUGACCUCAUGGAGGCCUCGGGCCGGCGCGGGGUCCCUGUCUACCUGCUCCUGGCGCAGGAGCACCUGAGACACUUCCUGGAGAUGUGCUACAAGAUGGACCUCAAUGGGGGCCACCUGCCGAACAUGAGGGUGCGGAGCACGUGCGGCGACACCUACUGCAGCAAGGCCGGCCGCCGCUUCACAGGGCAGGCCCUGGAGAAGUUCAUCCUCAUCGACUGCGAGCAGGUGGUGGCCGGCAGCUACAGCUUCACGUGGCUCUGCAGCCAGGCGCACACCAGCAUGAUGCUGCAGCUGCGGGGCCGCAUCGUGGAGGACUUCGACCGCGAGUUCCGCUGUCUGUACGCCGAGUCACGUCCCGUGGAAGGCUUCUGCGGCGGGGAGGACCCGCUGACUCCCCCUGCGCCCUGCCCGCCCCCCGUGGCGCUGCCCUUCGGACCGGGCAUCCCCAGCCCUACAUCCUCACCGCCCUCCAGCACCAGCCUCAGCAGCGUCAAGCGCUCCCCGUUCAUGGGCCGCUCCUCCUACCUGGCUCUCCCGGGAGGCGGCGGCUGCAGUGACGGGGCCCCCGGGUCUUCAGCCCGGGGUCCUGCCCGCCGAGAGGCCAACGGCCAGCCCUCCUUGCAGCGACAGCUGUCAGACCCCCCAGGGCCCUACCGGGCCAACCUGGGUAAGCUGGGGGCAUCCCCCUGGUCUCAGUCCUCCCCGGCCCUCAACCAGAGCAGUGCCAGCCCCCUGACCCUGGCCCUGGGGACACCUCUGCUCCCUCGCUCCCGCCCCCUCCUCCCCUUCUCCCGGGGCAUGCCGGUCCUGUCCCGGCUCCCGGAAAACGGGCUCCCUGGAAGCCAGGGCCCCAGCCCGCCCCGGAGUCGCUGGGUACCUGGCCCAGCCCUGGAGACAGUGGACGAGAAGGUGUGUCUGAGCCAGAGCCAUGGCCAGCUCGAUCUCCUUGUGCCCUUCCCCAGAGCCCAAGAGGCAGGAGGCCCCGAUUCUGGGGUUUCCCCUAACCUGGGCUCCUUCCGGCCUGGUGAGCAGGCCUCAGAGGAGAAGAGGGGAUGCCCCGGGCAGAGGUACAGCCAGCUGGACCUACUGCCCCUGGCCCAGGGUGCUGGAGAAAGCCCCGAGUCAGGUUCCUCCCAAGCUGGAGACCAGACCCCCGAGGACAAGAGGCUGUCCCCAAAGCUCAGCCACGGCCACCUGGAUCUUCUGGCACCAUACCCCAAGGUGGCGGGCUCCAGAGUGCCCCCUGAAGCCAACAACUCCUCCUCUGCCAGGGCCGGCAAGCAGGGCCCAGAUGAGCGCCGGCAGACCCUGGGCCACAGCCAGCUGGACCUGAUCACCAAGUUUGGCCCUUUCCGGGGUGAGGGUCCGGGGCCCAACGCUCUCCCCAGGCAAAGCCCCGCGCGCCAGGCCAGAGCAGGCUCCGCGGAUGAGAAGCGGAUGACUCUGGGUCACAGCAAGCUGGACCUCAUCACUAAAUAUCACCAGCUGCAGGGGGCCAGGGUGGGGCCUGAGCCCGGCCUCCCUGCGGGGGCCCCAGGGGGCCAUCGCAAUGGCAGUAGCAAUGGCCUGUAUGGGGAUGAGAAGCGGCUGACGCUGGGCCACAGCAAGCUGGACCUCAUCACUAAGUACAACAAAUCCAAGUUCAAGCUGCUCCGGAGCCGUUUUGAGUCCUGAGCCUGGCCCAGGGCGGCCAGUCCCGCUCUGUCCAAAGUGACGCUACCCUCGGACUCUGCCUCGGCUCUGGGCACACGUGUGUGAGCACAUGAGACUCCCGUGCUGGGCUCUUGUCACGUCACUGGUUCUGCCUGCUCUUUCAUCCUCACAGCAUCCUGGGGGAGAGGUCUUCUGUCUCUUCCUUGUAGGGGUGGUGCUGGGCAUCGAACCUAGGGCCUCAUCCAUGCCAGGCAAGGGCUCUACUGCGGAGUAACACCCCAUGCCUUCAUUUUACUCGAUCAUAAAGCCCCAAGGUCCUGGGGCCAAAGAGACAGUACAGCAGGCAGGAGAGGACGGUUGCCUUGCUUGUGGUUUAUGUGGGUUCGAUUCCUGGCAUCCCGUAUGGUUCCCGGAACCCCACCAGGAAUGAUCCCUGAGCACAGAGCCAGGAGUAAGCCCUGAGCAUCGCUGGGUGUGGCCCCCAAACAAACAAACAACAGUGACAACAAAAGGACAAGGCCCAGGAAAGUCAGAGGACUAUUGUGGAGUAUGUACAAGUACAGGCAGUGUAGUGGCUCACUGUGUUUGUCUCAUGAGAGGGUUUUCUGCAGUGACACAAUGCACAAUAUUCAACAUUAUGUGUCUGUGUUCACGUACCCCUGUGCACAUGUUGCAGAUAUGCCCUGAUACCUGCACAGUAUCCCUUACACCCCCAAAAUGCCUCUCCCCCCACAAAAAAAAAAUUUGCACAGAUAAACCCAGGCUGAGAAUCCCAGGGAUGGUGCUCACUGGCAUUUGGCUCCACCACACACCAGAAGCCCUCGGGAUCCGGGACCACACAGAUCCCAAAGCAUACACGCCCUGAUGUGAGUCUCAACCACGAAGGCAUCAGGCUGAGGCUGAGUCAGGACCUGGAGAUCUGGGGUCAAUGCGGCAAGGACUGGAGGGCAGGCAAGGCAGGACACGGGUGGGAAGAAACGCAGGGUUAGGAGUGGAAAGGAAAGUUUCUUAAAGCAGGAGGCCUUCGAAUCAGACCUACAAGGACAGGGAGGAUUUGGAGAGAGGGACUCCAGGAAGAGAAGGGCAGGAAGCGGAGGGAAGAUGAGGACCCCAGUGAAAGGAGUAGAGGCAGUGGACACGCGUGCACGCGCACACACAGAGAGUGUGUCCCUAGAAUCACAGGCUCUGAGAUGUUGGGGUCCUUUCUGAGCUCACGUGGCACAGAUAACUGUACAAAUCAAUAAAGGCGGUGGUGCUAUGA